UAAGAUUGGAAACGAGUCUGCAAAUUGCCCUUCAAAGGUGCGGGAACAUUGUGCUGUGGUUGGUUUGUUGAGUGGUGCCACUAACUACCAUUUAGCGGUGAAGGGUUCAGGUUUGUGUGAAAGGAAGGAAAUACACUGAUUAGAAAUAGCCUGGACUUUGGCUUGUAUGUGUGGCUGUUUUGAUGACCUGUUAAACUUGUGAGGGAGAGCAAAGAUGUAUCAAAAUACUGGCAUUAAAUCAUUUUAUGAUGACAAAGUUAUCUUUAUUACUGGUGGCUCUGGCUUUGUUGGCAAAGUUCUAAUUGAGAAGUUGCUAAGAAGCUGCCCUGGUGUCAAAAAGAUUUAUAUUCUUUUAAGAGAAAAAAAGGAAAGAUCUGCAGAGGAAAGAAUGAAGGGCCUUUUCAAUAUUGAGCUUUUCAAGAUUCUUAGAAGCAGAUACCCAAAUUUUGAAGAGAAAGUUCAGGCUAUUGCUGGUGACCUGAUGUUGGAUAGACUUGGUAUUAGUGAUGAAGACAGAUCUCUUUUACAAAAAAGUGUUGAUAUUGUGAUCCAUUCUGCUGCAACUGUCAGAUUCGAUGAGCAACUAAGGACUGCAGUUCAAAUGAAUGUUAUUGCUGUUAGGGAGAUGGUGAAGCUGUGUAGAAGCAUGGAAAAACUAAAAAUGUUCUGUCAUGUUUCAACUGCAUAUUCUAAUUGUGACAAAAGUGCAAUCGCAGAGAAACUUUAUCCGGUUUCAACAGACCCACAGAAGUUGAUUGACUCACUUGACUGGAUGUCAGAUGAAAUUGUUGAUGCUAUGACACCAAACCUACUAGGCAAUUAUCCAAACACAUACACAUUCACCAAGGGUUUAGCUGAACACAUUGUUACAAAUGAAGGUGGUGAUAUGCCGAUUGUAAUUGUUCGGCCUUCAAUUAUUAUUGGCUCAUACGCCGAGCCAUUUCCUGGCUGGAUUGACAAUUACAAUGGACCCAGUGGUUUAAUUGUUGCUGCCGGCAAAGGCAUGCUGCGAACAAUGAAAUACUCGAGUGAUGCCGUUGCAGAUGUAGUGCCGGUAGAUUUUGUUGCCAAUGCUAUCAUCACUGCAGUCUGGUAUUCCACAAAUAAUAGGGGCCCUGAGCCUUUGAUUUACAAUUGUACUUCUGGAAACGUCAAUCCCCUAACAUGGAAAUACCUUGGUAUAUACGGACAACUAACUUUAAAGAAGUAUCCUUUUGAAGAGAUAUUCCGAAGACCGAAUUUCUCGUUUGAAUCCAACAGGCUGGCUUAUUUUUAUUGGCGUUACGUCAGUCACCGCAUUCCGGCAGUUAUCGCCGACACUAUGUCGAUUUUGAUUGGCAGCAAGCCAAGGGUUUGGAGAUUUUACGAUCGUAUGGAAAAAGCUGUAAAAACUUUGGAAUUUUUCACCAUAAAGGGAUGGAGUUGGACUGGAGACAAUUUUCUGGCAUUGUCGGAUGCUAUUCCCGAGGAGGAAAAGAAGAUAUUCAAUUUCGAUAUGACAACUAUUCAGUGGGAUGAAUAUAUCGAAAUAUUUGUUCUGGGUAUCAAGCAGUACUUGAUGAAAGAUCGGCUAGAGAACCUAGCAAAAGCAAGAUGGCAAGUGACAAGGUAUCGAUUGGUCAGAUGGAUAUCUUGCACCCUGUUCUUCAUCGUUACAUGUCGUGUCCUCUUUAUUCGAUCCUUGAAAUUUCGCCAGUUAUGGUUCCGUGUUGUCUUUGCUGCUUACAGAGCUUUACGAUCUCUAAAUCUUGUCAGUGUUGCUAGGUGAAAUACAGUAGGCUUUUCAUAAGUAUUCAUUUAAUUUAGAGAAGGCAAUUUGCCUACAUUUAGUGAAAUGAAGUCAUGGAUAUAUGACAUACUCAAGAAUAGGCAGAGAACAACUACGUCCAGAUUUCUUAAGAAUCAUAUUAAUGUGUAGUUGCCUUGCUAUUCUAAAAACGUUUGUUUAUUCCCAGCCCUACUUUCAAUAGAUACCCUAGUUGAAAUCAUAGUCUGAUUAUGGCUGUGUUUUAUAUGGCAGCCAAAAGGUUAUAGAUAGGUCCACAGAAGAAAAGCUUUCUCGUCAGUUCGUAGUCUACCACCCCCUUUAUUCAUUAAUUGGUCUGCUUGAUAGCACAAAUGGAAAUAUGUUGAUUGAAAAUCGUCAACGUUUAUGUUUAGAGACAGUUUACUUCUACACGGAAUAUUCUUGGUAUUUGAGAUUCUGCAGGUUUAAAGCCACGUUUAAAAAAGAAAUAUUCGAUUCUUCCGUCUAGGCUGCAUUGAGGCUCCUUCACGGCUCCACAUUUUGCCUCUAAGGUAUAAAUUGAUAAUAGUAUAAAAUGAAAUAAAAUAUCAGAUGGGUAAGUUUGAAAAUAAAAUCUAAGAAAAUAGGAUUGAGUAGGUCCGGAAAAUCUCUCUGAAUAGUUUACCUGAAUUUGUGAGCUGUGAGCUGAAUUUGGUAUGUGAGCUGAAUUUAAAAUUUGGUAUAGAUUUGUAAUUUUGUAGAUUUUAGGGUAAAAUGGGACUUAACAAGUAUCCGUUUAUGCGGUUAUUGGGAUAUUCCAAAGAUAAACAGAAAGGGUUAUGCUUACAGUAUAUUUAAAGAUCUUAGUAUAUGUAACUCUAAUUAUAACGUUAAAAUGAGUAUCAUCAUCAUAACUGCAACCAUCAUCAUCAUCAUUCAUAAUGUAUUAUCUCUUUUGUCAUGUCUAAAGAGAGGUAACUUAAAAAAGUUGCUAAGAUAUUGUUGGUUUUCUAUUUAUGUUUAUCAGAUCAAUAGCAAGAAGUUCUUUAUGUUGUGAUUUUGUUCUGUAAUCGAGGUCACUUUGAAAUGGCAUCCGACUGCAAGAUCCUUGAAAUCAUAUGUUGGUUACUUGGGGCCUUAUCUUGAUGCAAACUGUACCCAAGGACGUCGGAACGACCAAAGGACAAGGGGCAGACUGCAGUAAAAGGACAGAAAAAGCAUUUGAAAUAAUUCCCAGCUUUUACUCAAUCACAAAUGUGCGCAAAUGUUAUAAGAUGAAUAAGGCUAAUACAAAUAGGUCUUGAUAAGACGAUACUACCAAGACUUCUCUAAAAGAAGCGCAGGAAAUAGUUAUUACGGAUGCAAACUUCGUUGAAAAAAACGGGUAACGUCGGAUGUUCCCCAAGAAUUCUACUUUUUCCGUUAAAUCAAACACAAUUCAUUGUAAUUUGAGUAAACAUUAGAAUAUCUGGUAUGCAGACCCC